CACCACCGAUGGACGCCACGCUGCCAUCCACGCGCCACAUUCAUCACGGCAACAGCACGCAAUUAAUCACCACACCGGGAAACAAACGUGUCAACGCGUGGCUCCUCGCGGCCCGUCGGCGGGCGGGCGGCGGUGUCGCAGUGGGACGGAAUCCACUCGCUGGCCAUUUUGAAGCGCGACGUGACGACACUGCGCUAACUCGCGGGACAGUUUCGCCGGUGACGUUUGAGAAGCCCGUCCACCGAAUUGUGACGCCGAUCGGUCAGCGCCAUGCGAGCCGCUGAAACCGGCUCAGCGAAGCCACAUCACGACAGAAACACGUCGACGGAGCGGUUUUUUUUUUUUUUUUAAUCAAACCGCACACUUUGCGAACAGCUCCGAGGCCUUCGACCGACUUGACAUCCAUAAGACGUAACUACCAGUGAGAGACGACACCCCCCACCAGCCGCUGGGGACAUAUUGCUAUUGGCUGCGGUCCAGAGCUGCUGCGUGCUGAUUGGCUGGCACGCGCUCUAAUGGCUUACAAUUGGCCCACUAUCUACCGCAUGCCCCGCCCCCUCCCAGUUUAGGAACAAAGUGGAACAGUGGACACAGAGAGGAAGGUGAAGCAAGGCAUCAGGCCCCCCAUUAUGAACGGGCCCAUGCACCCGCGGCCCCUGGUGGCGCUGCUGGACGGACGCGACUGCACGGUGGAGAUGCCCGUCCUGAAAGACGUGGCAACCGUGGCCUUCUGUGACGCCCAGUCCACCCAGGAGAUCCACGAGAAGGUGCUGAACGAAGCUGUGGGCGCGCUGAUGUACCACACCAUCACCCUGAUGAGGGAAGACCUGGAGAAGUUCAAAGGGCUGCGCAUCAUCGUCCGCAUCGGCAGCGGCUACGACAACAUCGACAUCAAAUCUGCCGGGGAACUGGGCAUCGCUGUGUGCAACAUGCCGGCCGCCUCGGUGGAGGAGACGGCCGACUCCACGCUGUGCCACAUCCUCACCUUGUACCGACGCACCACCUGGCUGCACCAGGCGCUGCGCGAGGGCACGCGGGUUCAGAGCGUGGAGCAGAUCCGGGAGGUGGCGUCAGGAGCCGCGAGGAUCCGAGGAGAGACGCUGGGACUGAUCGGGCUCGGUCGAGUGGGACAGGCCGUGGCGCUGAGGGCCAAAGCCUUCGGCUUCAACGUCAUCUUCUACGACCCGUAUUUGGCCGACGGUGUAGAAAGAUCUCUGGGACUACAAAGGGUCACCACACUACAGGACCUGCUCUUCCACUCCGACUGCGUGUCUCUCCACUGCAGCCUCAACGAACACAACCACCACCUGAUCAACGACUUCACCAUCAAACAGAUGCGCCAGGGGGCGUUCCUGGUGAACACGGCCAGGGGGGGUCUGGUGGAUGAGAAGGCCCUGGCUCAGGCCCUGAAGGAGGGGCGGAUACGCGGAGCUGCUCUGGAUGUUCACGAGACGGAGCCUUUCAGCUUCAGCCAGGGUCCCCUGAAGGACGCUCCCAACCUCAUCUGCACCCCCCACGCCGCCUGGUACAGCGAACAGGCAUCGCUGGAGAUGAGAGAGGAGGCGGCCAGGGAGAUCCGGAGGGCUAUCACAGGUCGCGUCCCGGACAGUCUGAAGAACUGUGUGAAUAAGGAGUUCCUCUCCCAGAACAACCACUGGGCGGGCGUCGACCCGGCUGGCGUUCACCCCGAGCUCAACGGGGCUUAUAGGUAUCCCCCCGGAGUGGUGAGCUUGUCAGCUGGCGGCCUCCCGCCACCCGUUGACGGCAUCGUGCCCAGCGCAGUUCCCAUCACACACACCCUCCCGCCCACCGCCACACACCCUCCUCAUGCCCCGUCCCCCGGACACAAUGCAGUCAAACCACCAGAGGGCGACAGAGAGCAGCACCCGAAUGACCAGCUGUAGCCUCACACACACACACACACGUGCUGCCCUGUGUUGUCUGGUGACUGGAGGAAGAGGUUGGCACGGCAACCAGGACCAUAGCGAUAAGCUCCCUAGCGACGAGUUGUUGUCAGACAGGUUCAGAUGGACGAGUCGGGGUCCCAGUAACAAUCGAUUCAAAACAGUCGGACAAGUUCCAAGAGGUCGGUUCAUUCUCCGAAGAAGAAGAAGAUGAUGAUGAAGACGAGGAUGAAGAGCAGGUGACCGCUGUCCUCAUCUCUAAAAGGAAGUUCUGAGAAAGACUACAGAGAUCCAAAAGAUGAUCUUCACACAACUACAGUAGUAGAGUUACUGCCCGAGGUUGGGAAAAACAAAUAACAUUAAGAUAAAUCUGUUGAUUUGGAAAGAUUCUGCUGUCUUAGACUGUAGUGAGUGCACACGCAAUGUGCACAUGUCUUUCUCUCGUCUCCUGCAUCCUUUCCUUAGUUUGACGUAGUAGGUUAUGAGAUGAACGUAACCGGUCUGUGUACAGUUUUUAGUGGAUACUGAUAUUUGUAUGCCAGUCUUAACAAAAACAAGGGUUGCGUGAUCUCUCUAUGUGGCCCAACUGGUUGGACGAUACAACAUCUGUUUCUUUUUGUUGUUUUAUGAGCCCGCAAAUGAACGAGCCCCGAACCCUUACACCCCCCCCCCCCCGACCCCUCCACCCCCAGAAGAAAAGAGGCAGCUUUUUGCACACCAUCUCAGGAAAUUCAGUUUCCGCAGUUGGUCUAUUUUAUUUUUCAAAUUUGUUUCGGGUGUACCUUUUUAUGCCACCAGUGCUUUUGUGUUUCUACCUGCUUUCCUUGUUGUGUCCUGCACAAUGUAUUAGAUACGAAGAACGUUAGCAUGAGCUAAAGUCCAUCUGAGGUUUGAUCUGUUUUAAAGGGGCAUGUGAUGUUGCUCGUGGGCCUUGUUUGUAAAUGUUUGACCCAAGUCGAAGGGGUUGUGGGAGGAAAGGCUGUCGGCAUCGACAUCGACUGAUGACGAACACAAACUGUUUACGAUCCUCUUACCUAAUCGAUCGGUCCUUCCCUCGUAUACCGCUUAGCCCCCCCCCGGCCUCUGUGUCUAUGUGUACAUAUGGUGUUCUGCCUGCCUGUGUCAAUGUGACUUGGUUGUAUCUGUGUCUGUAAGAGCAGCACUGGGCGAGGGGGUGAUGGCCAUCCAAACACACCCAACACAAACCACCGAAAAGGCUGCGUGGCCAACCGACCCAGAGGUCACACUCAUCGUUUAAACCGCACGUCAACAACCCUGGAGCCGCUGAUCCCAGAUCAGGUGUGGUGGCGGUGCUUUCCGGAGCCCCUUCUACCAGCGGCUGAGUAGUAGAAACAGCCCACUGUUGCCUACCUGGUCGUCCCCGCGGCGAGGAAGCACGAGUAGCGAUCAGGGACGGAAACUUCACGGCUCAUUGGCGAGUAAGUCUGGAAGGUUGUGCAGUAGAGAUACUGAGGUGAUAUUUAAAUGUCUCCGGCAGACAACAGCUACGAAGUGCUGGAAUAAUUCAAAACGUCUUCAUCUGUCCGAACCAGAUGCCAGUCUCGGGUGUCUUUGCUAAUACUUGCUAAGAAAACUGUAAGCAUUGCUCAUUCAAAUUGUAGAGUAUUAUGAGUAAAAACAACAGAGAAGCUCUUAGAGGGCCAGUGCCCCCCCCCCCCCCCAUCCAAAACACAAGUCUUACCGGUUAUCUGAGAGCUAUUUAUCAAUCUACGUUGUUUUAGAGCAACCUGAUUAGUUCUGCGGGUACGAGGUCUAUAUUUUAGGUGAAACGUCCCUUUAAAGUGUUGAGUGGUCUUUGAAGCUCCGUCCCUGAUGGUAACACGCUUCCCUGCAUUGGUCCCCUUCAUGGUGAAGUAGUAGGCGUAGCAAUAUACAUAUUCUAUAUUCUACAGUAAAUAUCAUUAUUUUUGGUCAAAACUGAGAACCCGACUAAGAUAUGUUUGUGACUGUGUGCAUUUGUAUGAAUUAUUUUAAAAGGAAAUAAACUGUGGAAAGGUGA